ACUUCUCCUCUGCUGCAGCGGCUGAUUAUCACGUUUCAUUGGCUGCAUUCUCACACAUUUUAUCUGAACUGCUGUCUGAUCGUGUCCUUACAUGGAGUUACAUUAAAGAUUCUUGAUAUUCUUAUCCUUAGUAAGCCAACCUCGUUAGUACCAUAGAUUCUUUUUUAAAAUAACGUCAGUACUGGACGCCAGUCUGUAACUUCAUGCAUAUUAAUAACGUGAAGAGGAAGUAAGACAAACUUUAACAGCUUGACUUCUGCCGCCUGAUGACCACAGAGGAACAUUUGCUGUAGAGACGACAUCUCCUCCCUGUUUCACACAGGGAUGAGAGGAGCAGCUAUGAGUUUGAAAGCAGCAGUGAGUGGAUUGGUUAUCUUCCUUCUCUCUGUGUCAGUGGUGAAGGGAGAGGAUACCUGGGGAGUGACUCACUCUUCUGCUCAGAUCUGUGCCGUCAAAGGAUCAACAGUGGAGAUACCCUGCACCUACACAUACCCAUCCAGACUAAAUGAGGAUGAUAACACAGAUGUUGAAACUUUCUGGUACACUAAAAAGAAUGAUAAUCAAUUUGUAGAUGUGAAAACAGACCCAGACUACUCAGGUCGUGUUGAGUAUCUUUUUCAUGAGAACGUCUGCACUCUGAGAAUCAAAAACCUGAGAGAGAGAGACUCAGCUGUUUACAAGUUCAUGUUCACAACAAACCAACCAGGAGGAAGUUUAACUGGUGGUGAAGGAGUCACUUUGUCCAUCACAGACCUUCAGGUGCAGGUGGAAACAAAAAGGAAUCAGGCAGAGCUGAAGUGUUACAGCAGCUGUAAUGUGGCUGAUAAUCCUUCAUAUGUCUGGUACAGAAAUGAAAAAGAAAUGACUGCAGAGACGUCUUCUAUUAGAGUCUCUUUAUAUGAUCAUGACAAGUAUUCCUGCUCUGUUAAAGGACAAGAGGAUUACCGCUCUCCUGAAGUGUAUGCUCCAAAGCUUCUCUCUGUGUCAGUGAGUCCCUCUGCUGAGAUAGAGAAGGGCAGUUCAGUGACUCUGACCUGUAGCAGUGAUGCUAACCCAGCAGCUACUUUUAAAUGGUACAAGAGAUAUCAGACCCCUCAAUACCGUCGUGAAGGAGCUCAGCUGGUCUUCAACUACAUUCGACCCUCGGCCUCUGGAGAGUAUUACUGUGAAGCUGAGAACAAGCUGGGGAGGAAGAGGUCUGGAUACGUCUCUAUCAAUGUGAAAUAUGCUCCAUCAGUUUGUUCAGCGUCUGUGAGUCCUGCUGGUGAAAUCAGAGAGAACAGUAGAGUGACUGUGACCUGUAGCUGUGAUGCUAACCCAGCACCUGAAUACACCUGGUACCAGAAGUACGGUCGUGAACUCAGUAAAGAAUCAGAGCUCGUCUUCAGCUCAGUUCAGUCCUCUGACUCUGGAUGGUAUUACUGUGCAGCUAAGAAUGAUCUGGGGGAGAGCUCAUCUGGAUACGUCAAAGUUGAAGUGAAAUAUGCUCCAAAACUUCCCUCUGUGUCACUGAGUCCCUCUGCUGAGAUAGUGGAGGGCAGUUCAGUGACUCUGACCUGUAGCAGUGAUGCUAACCCAGAACCUGAAUACACCUGGUACAAGAAGAAGUCAUAUUGGGAUCAAACACUCAUUAAAAACAAACACCUCGUCUUCAGCUCCGUCCAGUCGUCUGACUCUGGAGAGUUUUACUGUACAGCUGUGAACACGGUGGGAAGUCAGAAAUCUAAAUCCAUCUCUAUUGAUGUGAAAUAUUCUCCAAAACUUCCCUCUGUGUCACUGAGUCCCUCUGCUGAGAUAGUGGAGGGCAGUUCAGUGACUCUGACCUGUAGCAGUGAUGCUAACCCAGCAGCUAAUUACACCUGGUUCAAGGAGGAUGAAGACUCACCGACAGCUUCAGGACAGAUCUUCACCAUCUCUAACUUCAGUGCUGAUCACAGUGGGAGAUAUUACUGUGAAGCUCAGAACACAAGAGGACGUCAUAACUCCACCUUACAUCUACUUGUUGUGGCAGGGAACUCAACAUUCAUAAUACAUAUCAUCAAGUGGACUCUGCUGCUCUUCAUGUUGAUUUCUCUGCUUCUCCUGACUCUGUGGACGAGUUGGAUGUUGUGUAUGAGAACGUGUCAGCCGUCACUGCAGCACAGACAGAAGACACAGAGGAGCAGGAACACAUGCUGUGAAGUCCAGUCAGAUGCAGUUGAACCAGAUGCAGGACUCACUGUGGAGAGUGAGGCUGUGGAGGAUGUGGGGGAAGUGGAAACAUUGACCUUCAGCAGCAGGAAGUUAACAACAGCAUGGAGCAGAGAGUUUAGGAGAUGAUUUUAUUUUAUUUAGCAGCUUAUACAUAUGUAUUUAUUCAUCAUUUCUUUAACUAAAUAUUCUGAAUAUAUAACUGAAAAUAUUAUUUUGUUCUGAAAGGAGCUCUCCAGUCACCUUUCAGUCUGCUCUGUGACAUUUUCUCUCUUAAAGUUUUUGUAAAUAUUGGUUUAACUUCUGUGAAUAAUAUUAGACUUGAUGAUGUAGGUCUGAUUAUGAGUCACUCAUCAGGAUGUGAUUACUUUAAAAGUCUGUGUCUGGAUCACGUUGAUCUAAUCCAUCUUUUCUUUGACUCAUCAUAAAAGGGAGAUGGAUUACGCCAUCCUCUGUACAUACACAAAAUUGGAUCACCAAAUCCGGAUCAUUCUUAUCAUGAUUAAAUCUUUCAAACAUCUGA